AUGGAGAAAUAUAAUUCCGAAGGCGCCUUGGAGCGGAGGAGUUUACGAACGGAUAAUCGGCCUAACAAAGGGAACAUUAAGAAAGAAAAUAUGGAAGGAAGAAUACUUAACCAGUUUGAGAGAACGUACACAAGUAGAACUCCGAAAGGCGCAGAGAUUAGAGCCCCUAUUGAAGAAGAAAUUGUAAUAGUAAACGAAUCAAACGCUCCUCAUGGUACUUGGAAAUUAGCAAAAAUAAAGAAACUCAAUAAGGGACAGGAUAAUAAGAUAAAAAGUGCUCUAAUAGAGUUACUACGAGGAAGAAUAAUGAAUCGACCUAUUAAUAUGUUAUAUCCUUUGGAAAUUCAACAGAAAGAAGAUGCGAAGGACAAAUCAACAGUAUCGAAAGAUACAAUAAAUGGAACUGAUAAACGAGAGGAACCCAUAGCUAAACGAACUAGAAGUGCUACAAAACAAAAACAAACUUCAACAAAAAACGAAGAAUGA